GUGACAUAUUGUAAAUCAUUGGGAAGUUGUUUUUAAAUGUUUAUCUGUUUCUAUAAUUUACUAACGAUAUCCAAAGCAUUAAAAAAAGAAACAUAUUUACUAUAAAUUUGUAAUAAAUGAAAAGUAAGAGGUAUAAAUAGCAUUAAAAAAUCUUAGAUCAUGGAAGAAGGGAAUUCAAUAAUAUAUGGACUUGAACAUCAGACCAGAGCACUGUCACCACAAUAUGGAGAAAGUGAUGCUAUUAGAUUCCUGAUUGGUACCCAAAGCUUGAAACCUGAAACUAAUCAAAUUCAUGUUGUGGAGCUGGAAGAAGAUACAGGGGCAUUGCAUACGAAAGUUUUUAAACAUGAUAUUGGUGAAAUAUGGCAUCUCCGCUGCUCACCGCAUGAUGCAGCCAUCUUGAUGACAACUCACAAUGCCUAUGACCCUGAUACCUGUCAAUGUACAAUGGGAGUAUCCAUCUUUAAACUUCCAACCACAGAGGUAAUACCAAAAGAUUUAGACGAUCUUAAUGCCAUACAAGGCAGGAAUGCAGAGGAUAUGGAAAUCUUAAAAACAAUAACACCAGAGAAACCAGAGGAAGAAAUACGUUGUGCUGAAUGGCAUCCGUCUGACUUGAAUCGUGUUGGUAUCGUUCUGGAAAACUAUGUCAGUAUCCGGGACGUGGAUACCGGAGCUCAAGUGACAAGUGUUGCACCAGAGGGGAGAGCCAGGUUGAAGUUUACAGGGGGAAAGUGGAGUCCACAGGGACAUUGUCAAUUCACAGUAUUACAAGACACGCAUAUAAAAUGCUUCGACACGAGAACAGAUUGCAUUAAGUCCUCCUGGAACAUAGAUAACGCGCAUAGACAAUUGGCCAGAGACAUCGACUUCAAUCCUAACAGACAAUUCCAUCUGGCAAGUGCAGGAGAUGACGCCGCCUUGAACAUUUGGGAUUACAGAAACGGAAAAGAGCCCAUUUUCAGCAGAACCGAUCACUCUCAUUGGGUUUGGACGGUGAGAUACAACACUUACCAUGAGCAGCUGUUGCUGACUGGCAGUUCUGAUGCGAGGGCCUUGCUGACGGCCGCUGCCAGUAUCUGUGACAUGGACGAUGAGGGCAAGCGUCUCAGUCAAGUCCUAGAGGAUGGUGUCCUCCAGUCCUAUGAACAGCACGAGGACUCCGUGUACUGCGCCGAGUGGAGCGCAGCGGAGCCCUGGACAUUCGCCUCCCUCAGCUAUGACGCUAGGCUUGUGCUUUCGAGGGUGCCCCGACAUUUUAAAUAUAAAAUCCUGUUAUAAUUUUACUAUAUCCAUGUAUAUUAUAAUAAAAAACUA